CGCGUCUGGGCCCGCCGCCUGUGCGGAAACACGGCCGGCAUGUCCGACAAACUGCCCUACAAAGUCGCUGACAUCAGCCUGGCCGCCUGGGGGCGCAAGGCCCUGGACAUCGCAGAGAAUGAGAUGCCCGGCCUGAUGCGCAUGCGAGAGUUGUACUCAGCCUCCAAGCCACUGAAGGGUGCCCGCAUCGCUGGUUGCUUGCACAUGACUGUGGAGACUGCUGUCCUCAUAGAGACCCUCGUCGCCCUGGGUGCUGAGGCGCAGUGGUCCAGCUGCAACAUCUUCUCUACUCAGGACCAUGCAGCUGCUGCCAUUGCCAAGGCUGGCAUCCCAGUGUAUGCAUGGAAGGGCGAAACGGAUGAAGAGUACCUGUGGUGCAUCGAACAGACACUGUACUUCAAGGAUGGGCCCCUCAACAUGAUCCUGGACGACGGUGGUGACCUCACCAACCUUAUCCACACCAAGUACCCACAGCUCCUGUCGGGCAUUCGAGGCAUCUCUGAGGAGACCACGACUGGGGUCCACAACCUAUACAAGAUGAUGGCCAACGGGAUCCUGAAGGUACCUGCUAUCAACGUCAAUGACUCCGUCACCAAGAGCAAGUUUGACAACCUCUAUGGCUGCCGGGAGUCCCUCAUAGAUGGCAUCAAGCGGGCCACAGACGUGAUGAUUGCAGGCAAGGUGGCAGUGGUAGCGGGCUACGGUGACGUGGGCAAGGGCUGUGCCCAGGCCCUGCGGGGUUUUGGAGCCCGUGUCAUCAUCACUGAGAUCGACCCCAUCAAUGCACUGCAGGCUGCUAUGGAGGGCUAUGAGGUGACCACCAUGGAUGAGGCCUGUCAGGAGGGCAAUAUCUUUGUUACCACCACAGGCUGUGUUGACAUCAUCCUUGGCCGGCACUUUGAGCAGAUGAAGGAUGACUCCAUUGUGUGUAACAUUGGACACUUCGACGUGGAGAUUGAUGUCCGGUGGCUUAAUGAGAAUGCUGUGGAGAAGGUGAACAUCAAACCCCAGGUGGACCGCUACCGGCUGAAGAGUGGGCGCCGCAUCAUCCUGCUGGCUGAGGGCCGUCUGGUCAACCUGGGUUGUGCCAUGGGCCACCCCAGCUUCGUGAUGAGUAACUCCUUUACGAACCAGGUGAUGGCGCAGAUUGAACUGUGGACUCAUCCAGACAAGUACCCCGUUGGGGUUCACUUCCUGCCCAAGAAGCUGGAUGAGGCCGUGGCUGAAGCUCACCUGGGCAAGCUGAACGUGAAGCUGACCAAGCUGACUGAGAAACAGGCCCAGUACCUGGGCAUGUCCCGUGACGGCCCCUUCAAGCCUGAACACUACCGCUACUGAGAGACAGGCCUCUCCUCACAUUUCAGCUGCUGUCCUUGUUCAAGCCUCAUCUCUCCCCCCCCCAGAGCAAAUGGCACCAACUUUAUGAUUGGUUUGUCAGUAUCCCCUGUUGAAUCCCUGGGGCUGGUAACUCAGUUUUUGGCCUCUGUUCUUCCUUCUGUUCCAAGUAGGGCAGGGGGAAUUGAGAGGCCCUGGUUGUGAUGCAGGUACAAGGGAACCAUGAGCUCAGCGGUCUUGGAUCUGCUCCCUGGGUCAGUCCUUCCUUAGGCCUGAAGUUGGUAGUGGUGGUCAUUCACAAAGCCUGUGUACUGUACCACUGAAGACCUGGCCUAUGGUCUUCAUAGGUUCAGUGGUUUCUCAGCCCAUAACAGAUGGUAAGGAGCUAUAUUGAAGGGCAGGGAGGAAUUGUUGGAGCUUGAGUGAUCCUGAGAGUCUGCCUUAGUGCUGGGCCUUCUCUUAAACCUGUAACAAUGAGGUUGGUACUUACAGUCCCUAUUUUACAGGGGUUGGAAUAGACUGUUAAGGGAUAAUUGAGAAAGGACAAGAGAAGUGACAGCCAGAGGUUGAGAGGGGCCAGAAAAAUAUAAAAGCAUGCAUAGAUCUGAUACCACUUUGAACAUGAUAGUUCCUAUCACAACCCUGGGUCAAAAAGAGUAAUUUGGUUGAUAAUGUUUAUUAUGUUAAAAGAAAGCAGGAAGGUGGGUCAAUAAAAAUUUUGGUGCCUAAAA